AUGUCCUCCCCGGUGCCGCACCUCGUCGACGAGAUCCUGGAGGAGAUCUUCCUCCGCCUGCCCACCCCGGCCACGCUCGCCCGCGCCUCCACCGCCUGCCCCCGUUUCCGCUCCAUCAUCACCGGUCGCUCCUUCCUCCGUCGCUACCGCAAACGCCACCCGCCGCCGCUCCUCGGCUUCGCCACCAAAGGUGGCUUCCACCCCGCGAAGGCGCUCCACUCCUUCACCCCGCUCGCCCACGCCGCCGCCGCUGAUUUCACCUACUCCUUCGUCCCGCUGCCCAGGAGCAGCAAACCCUGGUUCCCCCGCGACCUCCGUGAUGGCCGCGUCCUCCUCGAGAGAAGACACUUAGGGAAGAUGUUCAAAAGCUUCGUGGUGUGUGAUCCAUUGUCGAGGCGCUUCGUGUUGCUCCCAUCCAUUCCUCACGACAUGGUACACCAAGAGGAGAAGCGCCCUUCUGAAAUCAGGCCCAUGCUGGCUCCCAUGGCCGUGGGUGAGCAAGGUGAGGAUGAGACCUCGUUCAAGGUGAUAUGCUUUGCCAGCUAUGAAACCAAGCUGGUUGCAUUCGUCUUCUCUAGCGUCACUGGAGAAUGGUCUAUGGUCGCAUCUACCAGCUGGACCUCUUUGGGCGGUCGCCCCCAUAGGUGCGAGUACUUGCCCUUCUCGGGAUGCAGUCACUUCUACUCCGCACCGACUUUGGUUGAGACGUUGAUUGUGCUGGACACACGAACAAUGAAGUUUUCCUCUGUGGACGGUCGCACCGGCUACCAUGUAAAGCUCAGACGUCUGCCUGGCCAGGCUGAAUACAGCGUCCCCCGAGGUAACCCUGUGCUGAGAAGACGCCUUGGCCAGAUGAAGAGUACACCUGGCAUCUUAGUGGAUAGAGAUGGAGCCCUUGAGAUGUUUUCUCUCGUUGGUGAUCACAGCCCAAAUUGCUCGUUUUAUCUCUAUCAUACCACUCGGCGAAAUAAUGGCGAAUCUUCCAUGGAAUGGCAGCUUGAGAAAAUUAUACCGUUGCCUGGCGGGUAUGACUAUUUCACCGUGGGCGCAGCUGAGGGGUUCUUAUUCCUCGGAGCCACUACAGAAGAUCAGUUGGAUGUGAGUGAAAACCCCUCAGCGCCGUUCUUGAGGAUUGAUUCGACUGUUUGGUCUGUGGAUUAUUUUUCGCUCGAGGUCAAGACUUCUAAACUUAUGAUGGUUUGUAUGAGCAAGAGGCAAUUCUUCCAUGGUGAGCAUGCUCUCUGGUAA